CGUCAAUAAAAUUAAUAAGAUUUGAUAAAAGAGAGAUAAAGUCAUGGAACUCUUAAAAAGAAUAUUAUAUGCAAAAAUUUUGUUGAUGAUAAUGGUGAUAUGGAUUGCACCUAUGACUUACGGUCAUGGUCAUGCAACCCACGUACCCGGUGAAGGAACCGGCCCACCCAUCACUGGUGCCCACCCAUCCCAUGGCGCCCACCCAUCUCACGUCGUCCACCCUUCCCAUGGCGCGCAACCUUCCCAUGGCGCGCAACCUUCCCAUGGCGUCCACCCUUCCCAUGGCGCCCACCCAUCCCAUGGCGCCCACCCUUCCCAUGGCGCCCAUCCAUCCCAUGGCGGCCUUGGGCCGCAUUCUGGUUGGGGUCAUGGCCGUGCCACAUUUUACGGUGACAUCAAUGGUGGAGAAACUCAACAGGGAGCUUGUGGAUAUGGUGAUCUACACAAACAAGGAUAUGGUCUAGAGACAGCAGCACUAAGCACCGCACUAUUUAACAACGGCUCAAGGUGUGGGGCUUGUUUCGAGAUCAAGUGCGUAGAUGCUCCACAAUGGUGUUUGCCAGGUUCCAUCAAGAUCACAGCUACAAACUUCUGUCCACCAGAUUUCUCCAAGCCCAAAGACUGUUGCUGCAACCCGCCACAAAAACACUUUGAUCUCUCGCAACCAAUGUUCCUCAAAAUCGCCAAAUACAAAGCCGGGGUUGUCCCGGUUAAAUUUAGACGUGUCCCUUGUGCGAAAAUCGGAGGUGUCAAGUUUGAAAUCAAGGGAAACCCUCAUUUCUUAAUGAUCUUACCGUACAAUGUAGGAGGAGCUGGAGAUGUUAGGGCUAUGCAAGUUAAGGGAACGAGGACCGAGUGGAUUGCGAUGAAGAAGAAUUGGGGACAGAUUUGGAGCACUGGUGUUGUGUUGACGGGACAAUGUUUAUCGUUUAGGGUUACGACAAGUGAUGGAAUUACGAAAGAGUUUAUUGACGUUACCCCGCCGGAUUGGAAAUAAUGUUUUAUGAUAAUAAUGGCGACAUGGUUCGUGUCCAUGAGUUACGGUCAUCGAGCGAUGAUUAGUGAUGUAGCCGAAGCACCCGUGAUUGACGAUGGAAGCCCAACCAACGGACUCGACACUUCUUGGUAUGACGCACGAGCAACAUUUUACGGUGAUAUCCAUGGUGGAGAAACUCAACAGGGAGCCUGUGGAUACGGUGAUCUAUUCAGACAAGGCUAUGGUCUAGCCACAGCGGCAUUGAGCACAGCACUCUUCAACGAAGGGUACACAUGUGGGGCUUGUUACGAGAUCAUGUGUGCGAACAAUCCACAAUGGUGUUUGCCCGGAUCCAUUAAGAUCACUGCUACAAAUUUCUGUCCACCAAAUUACACCAAAACCGUAGGCGUUUGGUGCAACCCACCACAAAAGCAUUUUGAUCUCUCCUUACCAAUGUUCCUCAAGAUCGCGCAGUACAAAGCCGGGGUUGUCCCAGUUAGAUACAGACGUGUUCCUUGUACAAAAACUGGUGGUGUCAAGUUUGAAACCAAAGGAAACCCUUAUUUCUUAAUGAUAUUGCCAUACAAUGUAGGAGGAGCUGGAGAUAUUAAGUUCGUGCAAGUUAAAGGAAACAAGACCGGGUGGAUACCAAUGACAAAGAAUUGGGGGCAGAAUUGGACCACUGGUGUUAAUUUAACUGGUCAGGAAUUUUUGAUGAUAAUAAUGGCGAUGUGGGUCGUGCCCAUGAGUUACGGUCAUGAUGCAGCCGAAGCACCCGAUGUAGCUGAAGCACCCGGGAUUAAUGACCCAAGCAAGACACUCGACACUAAUUGGUAUGACGCACGGGCCACAUUCUACGGUGACAUCCAUGGUGGAGAAACUCAACAGGGAGCUUGUGGAUACGGUAAUCUGUUUAGACAAGGCUAUGGUCUAGCCACAGCAGCGUUAAGCACAGCACUCUUCAACGACGGGUACACAUGUGGGGCUUGUUAUGAAAUCAUGUGCGCGCGUGAUCCACAAUGGUGUUUACCCGGAUCCAUCAAGAUCACAGCAACAAAUUUCUGUCCACCAAAUUACACCAAAACCGUUGACGUUUGGUGCAACCCACCACAAAAGCACUUUGAUCUCUCCUUACCGAUGUUUCUCAAGAUCGCCAAGUUCAAAGCCGGGGUUGUCCCAGUCAGAUACAGACGUGUUCUUUGUGCAAAAACUGGUGGAGUCAAGUUUGAAACCAAAGGAAACCCUUAUUUCUUAAUGGUCUUGCUAUACAAUGUAGGAGGAGCUGGAGAUGUUAAGUUCGUGCAAGUUAAAGGAAACAAGACCGGGUGGAUAACAAUGAAAAAGAACUGGGGGCAGAAUUGGACCACUGAUACAGUAUUGACCGGCCAAGGUUUAUCGUUUAGGGUUACGACGAGUGAUGGGAUUACAAAAGAUUUUAUUAAUCUAAUGCCAAAAAAUUGGGGAUUUGGACAGACUUUUGUUGGAAAGAUUAACUUUUAGGAGAAUGAUUUGAGUUUUGUGAGGCUUGUCUUACACAUAUAAGUGAUGUAUUAUGUUUAAUGAUUAAAAAUAAAGGAAAUAUUGUUUA